UUUUAACUUGUCAUUUCUAAAUUUCAAACUUGAAAAAGCCGGCCGGCCAACCCACCUGUCGAUAAUCGAUCCAUUAAAUCUUGAAUACAACCAAAUUGUAUAAAAAUGGCAUCAAUUCAGGGAAGCGACAGUAGUAGCUGGGUGGGAAGAAAACCGCUGAGACGACUUGGUGGGAUGUCAGAUGCACUUUCCAUUGCCUCAGAAUUAGGAUUUUCUGUUGCUCCUCCCCCCUCCCAGGAAGAGUUGCAGAAUGUAUCAGGUGGUAGUGAAAAAGGUGAUGACUUGAUACGAGUCUUGAGGGAACUUACCUCCGUACAAAGAAAAAUUGCUGAUUUGCAGGUUGAACUUCAAGGUCGCAAGGAAGAUAAAAAUGUUGCGCACUUGACACAUGUCAGUGAAAUGGAAAAGAAGAUAGAAACUCUAGCUAGGAUAACUACCAUAUUGAAAGACGUUAUCCAGAAUAAGGAUCGGAUUAUAGCUCGUCUACAACAACCGUAUUCAUUAGACUGUAUUCCAGUGGAAGCAGAAUAUCAGAAACAAUUCUCCGAACUAUUGAUGAAGGCUGCCAGUGAUUAUGGUUUCUUAACGGCAUCUGUUACAGAUUUCCAGUGGACUCAAAACUUCAAGGAGCCACCGUCUGUAUGGGGGGAAAUGCUUCGGCCAAUUCCUGUGGCAUUGGCAUCGUGCACAAGGUUCUUUGAAGCAAUGACUGCCAUGAGAGAAUCUUUUGCAACCCUUCAAAAACUGAGGUUAGGCUCAUCGGAUUCCCAAUUGAAAAUGUCAGCGAGCCAGAGAACAUCAACUGGCUCUGAUUGUGUGACUCCACCUCCAUGGGGAAAGGAGUCGAGUUUUGAUGAUUCGGCUCUUACAACCUCAACAAGGCAAGAACAAGAGGACAUAAACAUCAGUGAUUUAGAUAGCAUGAGCAGUCGAAGAUUGUCAUGGCCUUUGGGAAAGGCAAAUGGUUUAUAAUUUGCGUUCGGGUUAUUAUCUGAUUAUGAUAUGUCAUUGUGAUUUGCUUUGUUGAUUUAUUGUAUGUUUCUGUAAUUGUGUAAUUUCUAUCAUAUUUGGUAAAGGAGACAUGGUUUGAUUCUGAAUAUGAUAUUGUGGCAUGAACCCAUUGGUUUUCUCCA